AUGGGAGCCGUUCGAGCAACAUCAGGUAAGUCAAGGACCACAUGGAACAGAAAGACCCCAUCUGACAUUGAACCUUCGGCGGACUUAAGAGCACCUCAAUUCCGCAACAUAGUCCGAGAGUUGCCACAACUAGCCAAAGGCAUCUGGGGCGGCGCAUUCAAACGAGACAUGGAUGACAAAACAACUUCGAGCGGCCUGCACUCUUCCACCUCCUUCGAUGACUCCUACGCAACAACUACACAAUCACCAAUUCAGCCAUUGACUACCUCCCCAACAUAUAAUUCGAAAUCCCCUCAGCCAUUUCUCCCAAGCAUCAAUCGAAUCGUCAACAUGGAGAAUAAGGGACCUUUCGACGCAAGAACCACCAUGCUCUCGCCACCCGAGCAAACACUACAAGAGAGUUUCUCUUCGUCGUCCUCAGGACCAUCAAUGGACAUCAACAUGAAGACAGUCAACUCCGACCAAACAGGCAGAGGUGUCGCUCCCCUCUCGCCACCCAUCUCUCCAGAAUCGAAGUUGGUUAAUCCCGAAGAUUCACCUCCCAGAGUCGUUCGAGACAUGAUCCUCUUCCCACAACCAGACAACAGCCCUACUCAACCUCCUCUCUUCGUUGAUCACGAACGCUCUCGCAUGGUGAACGAAUAUGUCCAGGCUAGGGAACCAAGCGUCUUCAGAGAGGUCUCACCACCUCGCCACGAUGAAUAUGAGUUGAUCUUGGAGUUCAAGUCACAGGUUGCACAAGCAUACAAUGCCAAUCGAAAGCAGUGGGCUCAACGGGAGAUCGCCCAAUUGAGAGAGGAUAACAUGCUGAAGCUGGGAGGUAGACGAUAUACUACAAUUGCACCUGCGCAUGCCGGCGGUGUACGACAAGUCAGACCAAACAUCAAGCCCGUCAAGUCAGGAAACAGCGUCAGAGUGACGAAGCCUCAACGACCACCAAAGGUGCCCCAAGGAUAUCGUGGCUCGACACCUGACACGGCAAAGAGAGUUGCUCGAGAAGACAAGGAUUUCAGUGCUCUGCCCGACUACUGCCCACCUCUCUCCACUCUUCCUAGCAAAGCCAAUUCUCUCAAGGUCGAUUGGAAAGGUGCUCCCAUUGACCUCAGAUCCGAUCCUCAUGCCCACCUUCUCCACCCAGACGAGGUUCACCUUGCUGCCAACCUCCGUCUCGACUGUGCCACGUAUUUGACCUCGAAGCGCCGAAUCUUCAUCAAGAGAAUUGAGGCUUUCAAGAUCAAGAAGGAGUUCAGAAAGACCGACGCCCAGCAGGCAUGCAAGAUUGACGUCAACAAGGCUAGCAAACUUUGGUCUGCUUUCGACAAAGUCGGUUGGCUCGACAAGAAGUACAUCGCCCAGUAUGUCUGA